GUUGUGAAGGUAGGGACGAAGUGUUCGGGUGUAAUUUUAUAUUAAACAACCUACCAGUUGUAUAUUUUAAGAUAUGAAACUGACAGGAAUGAAAGGAAGCGCCUUCUUAAUUUUUCGUUUUUUUAUAGUCAGGGUUUGUUAAGCCAAAUGGCAGUAUGUGCUUGUCCACUAGUGAAUGUGAAAGGGUUUGUGUUUGUACGGCUGUUUUACUUUCAUAUAUGCAAUAAAAGAAAAAUAGCAAAGCGCUCUACUGCACCACUAGUACUAGACUAAAAAGUCCAUUGAGCAAAUUUAGUCACGUUACUGAUGACGGUUGUAUAAGUCACCCAUGUCCUUCAAGUUCAACUACAAGAGCGUAUUGUUAUAGUCCGAUCGAUUUAUUUAGCAUAAGGUUAACUACAAAACUAGCCAAACAGGUGCACGAAAGCCUCACUGUAUCAAGACAGCCACUGGCAACUCUGUUUCUGUGUUUAGAACAGGGUCAUUGAGUCCUAACAUGUAACUGACUGCAGACAGCGGACCGCAAGCGAGAGCAACACCGGAAAACCACACGACAUUAGAAACACGUAAGACAUUUAAAAGCGCAACUAGGUUAACCGUACAAAAUAAACGUGUAUUGUUUGUGUUCAUAAGUAUUAAAAAAAAUAGAAAGUGGAGACAUGGGUUGGAAAGGUACAGCACAUUUAAAUCACAAGCACUCAUGUUGUAUAUAAAUGUUGGUGUUGGAGAAUUAGUAUUGGGUACCAGUCCGACUCAAUUUUGAAGGUUAAUUCAGCCUUCUGACUUGUUUACAUACAUGGCCCACGGUGUUUAGCUUAUGCGAGCCAGGCACUAAAGUUUCUUUUUUAUAUAUAUGUAUUUUAGGGAUACAUUCCUGGAGAAAACCUGUUUGGGUGAGUGAUUAAGCGAUCCAUUGCUGCUGUUUUGAGAGAUUACGUGUGGUUGUGUGACAUUACUGGAAUGAAGAAAUAUCAAGAAAUAUUUGUUUCUUGAAUCAAUUUGAUAAUCGUAAUACAAUUGCAAAUUUAGUAUCCAAUGUUCAGUCGCAAAGUCAUUUAAACGAAGAAAAACUCAACGUCAACAUAUAAGAUGGUCUGAUGGACCGACUCUUCUUGCUGACUUUUGGCCUGUGCUCUGUUGUGUGGGUUCUUUUCUGGGAAGUCAAGUGGAAGAAAGCAACAGAAAAUCAGAUUGAAGAAUGGCUCCAUGGAAACAGACUUUCCGAAUACAGACACCUCUUUGAAGAUGUGCAGUCCUUGGAAGAGCUGACAUUAUGUGUCUUGUCCCGUUUGGAGGAAGCUGUGCAUAAGACCCAGCAUUGGCAGGAAAUUGAGGAUACACAAAGCCAGCUAGUCCGUGACUUUGCCUUUCAGGAGUGGCUCUUCUCUCAAGGUCUUGAGCACUAUUACCACAAAUUAAAAGCCUUGGGGUGCAGCAGCCUGGAUGAUUUAGCCCAGUUUGAUAGUCAGCUACAGUUAUCACUGGCUGCCUGGGGGUACUAUUACGAAGAUUAUAUCAAACUGUCGACUGGUGUGCAGGUCCUACAAGCUUCGAGGGGACACCACGAUCAAGACUACGAGACUCGGCUGGUCCACAGCUUGGCUCAACGGCGAAUGAAUGAAAAGUGGUCUAUAGCUGGAGCUCUGAUUUUUGGCUGUACUGUUGCACUGUGCUUUCUCAUAAGGGACCUCAUGUUUUACGUGAUUGGUGGAAUUACAGUUUCCAUUAUAGCGUUUGUCUUCACAAUUAAGUUUCUGUGUGAACUUGCGGCUAGAGUCGUCAGCUUUCUUCAGAAUGAAGACCGUGGCCGGAGGGGAGAUCACACCAUCUACGACUACGUUCGUGGCAAUUACCUUGAUCCAAGGUCAUGCAAGGUCACAUGGGACUGGAAGGAUCCACAAGAAGUGGGACACACUAUGACCUUCAGAGUUUACCUGUUCUAUAAAAAUGGGCAGCCAUUUCCAGCAAACCGGCCUGUGGGUUUGCGAGUCCAAAUCUCCCAUGUAGAGUUGGCUCUGGAUAUUCCUGUGACUCAAGAAGUGCUUCAGGAACCCAAUGUGGUUAAGGUCGUCUUCACAGUACGAAAAGCAGGCCGCUACGAAAUAACUGUCAAGCUAAGGGGGCUGAAUGUGGCUUAUAGUCCUUAUUACAAAAUAUUUCAGCCAGGUACAGUUGUUCCAUCAAAAACUAAGAUUGCAUACCAUUUUUCCACAUUGGUUUUGACAAUUGAACAGCAGCAUACAAUACAGAUUGAACCCAGGGAUGAGUAUGGCAAUCCCACCAGUAAUUCUGUAUCCCUAAUUGAUGAAGAUAACUACGAUGUGCAAGUCCAUGAGCUUGGGACCCAAAAUGAAGAGAACCCAGAGAAUUACUAUAGCAAAUCAGUGUUGUCCAGUAAGUUGCAAUGCCAGGUGUUGCUGAGACUGACCGUCAGGAAGAAGGGCUGUUUCCGUGCCUGUAUCUCCUACCACAAUCAACCCAUCAGCAAUGGAGAAUUUGACAUCAUUGUUCUCAGUGAGAAUGAAAAGAACACUGUAGAAAAGAGUGUCUCUACACCGGGAAUGAGUAUUUACUUUGAGGCCUACCUUUAUAGCACAGGGAAUUAUUCUAACUCCACGUGGCAGUUAUUCCCCUCUGCACUGCUGGUGUCACAGCGACGCCCGUCUACUGCCAACGAGGAAGAGGACGAGGAGCGGGACUCCCCUUCUGAGGGAACACUGGACAAAGUGAAGAAACCAAAAAAGGUGUUUUGUUACCUAUCACCAAAGCAACUCUCCGUGAAGGAAUUUUACCUGAAAAUCAUUCCAUGGCGACUUUUUACCUUCAGAGUAUGUCCAGGAACAAAGUUUUCAUACCAUGGCCCUGAUCCCAUUCACAAACAUCUGACUCUGGUGGUGGACGAUGGGAUGCAGCCACCAGUAGAGCUCAGCUGCAAAGACAGAAACAUCAUGGCUGCAACAUUCAUAAGGUUUCUGCACAAAAAUAUAGGAGGCUCGGAAACUUUCCAGGACAAGGUGAACUUCUUCCAGAGAGAGCUCCGGCAGCUGCAUUCAAAAAGACCUCGCACCAAGACGUGCUUGAAGAUCAGCCGGCAUUCUCUCCUUGAUUCAUCUCUGAAAGUGACACGAAACUUCUCAGUAUCGGACUGGAGCAAGAUCUUCGAGAUUGUUUUCCAAGAUGAAGAAGCGCUUGACUGGGGUGGGCCCAGAAGAGAGUGGUUUGAGCUGGUCUGCAAAUCACUUUUCGACACAUCCAAUGAGCUCUUCACACGUUUCAGUGAUAACAACCAGGGCUUGGUCCACCCGAAUGCAGACCGUCCUCCUCAUCUCAGACUGAAGGUGUACGAGUUUGCUGGGAAAGUGGUUGGAAAGUGCUUGUACGAGUCAGCCAUGGGUGGGUCUUACAAACAGCUGGUACGAGCGAGGUUUUCACGCUCCUUCCUGGCUCAGAUCAUAGGUCUACGGAUGACCUACAAGUACUUUGAAACAGAUGAUCAGGAAUUCUACAAAACCAAAGUUUGCUUCAUCCUCAAUAAUGAUGUCAGUGAAAUGGACCUUGUCUUUGCUGAGGAGAAAUACAACAAAUCAGGGCAGCUGGAGAAGGUGGUGGAGCUAAUAUCUGGUGGUGCUCAGAUCCCAGUUACCAAUGAGAACAAGAUGUUCUACCUGAAUCUCCUCGCACAGUACAGGCUGGCCAACCAGGUCAGAGAGGAGGUGGAACACUUCCUGAAGGGAUUAAAUGAAUUGGUUCCUGAAAACCUCUUGGCCAUAUUCGAUGAAAAUGAGUUAGAGCUGCUGAUGUGUGGCACAGGAGAUAUCAAUGCCUUGGAUUUUAAAGCCCAUGCUGUGAUUGUGGGAGGAUCUUGGCACUUCAAAGAGAAGGUAAUGAAGUGGUUUUGGGCUGUAGUGUCAAGUUUUACCCAGGAAGAACUAGCUCGUUUACUGCAGUUCACAACCGGCUCCUCGCAGCUUCCUCCCGGAGGCUUUGCCGUGCUGUGCCCUUCCUUCCAGAUCAUAGCUGCUCCCACACACAGCACACUGCCAACUGCACACACCUGUUUUAACCAGUUGUGCCUCCCUACCUAUGACUCCUAUGAGGAGCUGCACAAAAUGCUGAAACUGGCCAUCAGUGAGGGAAGUGAAGGGUUUGGGAUGUUAUGACCAUCCUAUUAUCUAACACCUUGCUGAAGAUAUUGCACAUGAAGAAUUAGGGGGAUGCCCACAAGUACUGUAGACAUCUGAAUCAGAAGCAGACAGCAGGGCUGCUUUCCAUUUUUUUUACCAAUAAUUACAACUUCUGCAGUAAGGGCACUAUCCCCAAAAUCUCAGUCUACUGGGGUCCUGUCCCUAAAACUCUGUACAGCUCUAUAGGUGCUUUUGUAGUGGGAGUGUAUACAGGCACUGUAUGUCUUGAAGUUUCCUUGAUGACAUCAAGAUGUGAAGUAUUAGUAUGGUACAAUAACAUUUUAUUCCACAUGCUAAAAAUACAUAGUGUAGGUAAUGUGCUAUAGUUCUGUCUAAAGUGAUGAGUGAGAAAGGGAAUAACCCUAUUCCAGCUAAAAUAAAUUACAUUUUAGCAUAACCAUUUAGAGCAGCUUGAAGCAGAGCUGUGCAAAAUGAUUAUCUAAAAUGAUUAAAAUUAGCAUUGACCCACCUGAUUUAUUGGUUCUGCAGCCACCAUGUGUCUGUUAGCAGUUUUAAUUAAAGUACUAUAGAGAAUAAUUAAGCUUAUAUCCUCACUGAAGUGCAGGAAAAGUUUCCAGUGAUCUCUAUGGGUGGGGACAUCUAUCACGCAGAGCUGUUUAUAUUCCCUGAACUCACUGACAUUUGGUGGCUGUAGUAUUAAAGAAGGGUGGGGCUGAUAUGUACGGUACACAUAUACGGUUAAGAGCCUUAAGUGAUCUUGGAAGGAGAAAAGGUAUACUAGUCUCACCCAUUCAGAGAAGUUGAAUUAGGUCUGUAACAAUGGGAUUUAAGGGAGUUCGCAAUCAUUUUAAUGCAUGGCAGGGAAGAAGGGUGUUGGGUUUUAUGUUUUUAUACUCCUUCAGUAAAACAACCAAUACACUUAUUUUUUUGUUCUAUUUGCAAAACAGGUAAAGUAUUUCACAAUAUUAUUGUUAUUUCUAUUUUAUUUUUCUGUGUUGGCUGGAUUCCAAACCAAAACAAUAUGCUAUACGAUAGUACUUUGUAAAAUAUAAUUAAAUAAAUGCAUACAUACAUAUUAUAAAUAUUGAUUAAAACGGAUGAGUUGUCAAAAUCUUUGCGGUAGAGAAUCUUAUUUUGUUUAAAAAAAAAGAUGCGCAUUAGAAAUCUAAUUUUCAUGUUUUAAAUACAAAGCAUGCGUUUCUGCAUUAAUGCAUGUUGGUGUACCAAGGUCUGCUACAUUUUCAGGUCUGUGUUGCCUUUAAACUGUGAAGGAUUUGCCUUUUUUGUUGUUGUUUCUUAAUAAAAUGAUUUUUUUGGUUGUUGAAAGAAAGUUAUUUAAAAGUACAUUUAGCCUAAUGAAUCAAUUAAGUUGCUAGAGUAGAACAGACACAAGUGUAUGUGUCAGUCUUUAAGAUAUAUAUAUAUAUAAUCAGAAGCUCAUUUGCUUGUAAAAAAAAAAUAUGGUUUAUCAUUACAUUGUCAAUUGAUUUCUAUGCAUUUAUUUUUUUCUAGAUUCAAAUGUGAAGUACUGUAAUUUGAUAACACAUUUAGCUUGCUAAGUAUGUAAAAAAUAGAUUACAAUAUAUUUUAUUAAGCAUAGUUAGUCAUAAAUUGUCAAUACAAAAAAAAUCAAACCUUUAGCAUUAAACAUUAAGCAUUGAAAGCUUGUUUUUAUUAUUAUUAAUCUACAGUACGUAUAUGCUACUGCAUCAUUAACUCCCACCUCUCUGUGAUCUGUUAUAUCUGUUUCUAGUUAAAACCCGAUUGAUCUUGUAAUUCGCAUAAGUAGCUGUAUUAAGAGACUGCAAUCAUUCUGCUGGGACCUGGGAACCAAUAGCUUGGAAACAGCUGCUGUCUGACAAUGAAUCAUUUUGUAAUCUUCAAAAAGCUCCUCUUCUUAAUUAUACCUCCGCUUUAAAAGCACACUAUCUUUUAUUUACCCAAAACACUGAACUGUAAGAAGUAAACAAAUGAUGUAAGUUCUAAGCUUGUUUAGCACGAUUGAUGCAUACAGCUAAUCUAUUACAAUACUGAUUGAACCCUGAUAAUUGUACUUGAUUAAACAAUUCACUUCAUAUCUUCUCAACAUGGAAGAGUGAGAUUUGAGUGACAUUACAAUAGCAUUUGGUAGUUGUUGGCUUUGAUGCCUUCAAACACAGUGAAUUGAAAUAUCAAUCAGAUAAAUGAAUCUCUGGUUAAAUGGUGUCUGUAUCACUCUGUUAAUGAGGUUUGUAAGAAAUCAUGUGGUCUAAGAUAGUGCAUAGAAGAUAUUAACCUGUCAAUCAUAUGCUGCAACACAAACAGUGCUCUCUGCUGUUUAAUAUUCCUCUAUCUGUAAUUACAAGUUCAUAUCAUUGAAGUAUAUUGGGUUUUUUUAGCAGAUAUAAAUAUUGUGAAUUACAUACAUGCCUAUGGCUGGAACUUGUGGUGAAUUAACUUUUUUAUUAUGAACAAUUAUUAUUUCAGCCAUCAAAAAUGUUUGAAUUUUAAGCAAUUUAAAAUAUUUGGCAGCUACAGCUGCUACUGGGUUGAUGAAAUAAAUAAACUUAAAGUACCUUU